UUACAGGUAGCUGAACAAUUCCCAAAACAGAAAGCAAAUAUUCGAAAAAAUUCUUUUAUAAUGCAAAAAGUCAAAUCAAAAAUUAAUACAAACUUAUUAAAAAAUGAAAAUAUUCCAAAUAAAUGUGUAUCAGAUAUGGAUGAAGCUAUAUUACGAUGGGAGAAGCUAAAGUCAAAAAGUAAAGUGUCUGGCGAUGGCCAGGAAGUUGCUACCACUGGGAGUCACAUUAACAGUCACAAAAACGUGAUGAAGUCUGAUGUAAAUAAAAAAAAUGUUAAUUUAUCGAAGACCAAUGACCUUGAGCCAUUGAAGGUCGAAAUGGAAAAGAUGAACAAUUUUAUGGAACAGUUCAAUAAUAAAUUAAAUACAGUCACGAUGGAGAUGUCAAAUGAGAAACGUAGUAAUAUUGAGUUGAUGAAUUCGGUUACAGUGGUCUUGGAUAAGAAUUUUGAGUUGGAACAGAAAAUACUUGAAGGAUUUUCCUACAAAGAAAAACUGGAUUCGACGAUUAUGGAAUUAGAAAAUGUCGUCAAUGAAAAAAUAGACCUUCUAAAACGUUUGGAAGAGGCGGAGGUUGCGUUAGCUAAUGCGAGGGAAAAGAUUCAUGUCCUAUCGGAAAAAUCUGAUGACAGUGAAUACGUUGAAAAAAUUAAGGAAAUAGAAGAUGAGCGUUUAGAAUGGAAUACAUAUCAAAUACAACUGGAGAAUCAGAUCGCCGAAGAUCAUAAAGCCUUGAACCGCAAAGAACAGUACAUUAAAAACCAAGAUUACAUGAUAGAAAACUUGAUGCAAGAAAAACAGAAUUUGGAAAUACGGUUGAACAAUCCUGUGGUAGAAUUAAAAUCGCAUCAAUCAGAAAAAAUAGAAAAAUAUCAAAACGAAAUAAGACAACUUUCUGUAAUUAUAGCAGACACGAAGAAGACGUUGGUAGCAACCAAAGAGUUCCACAAAAUAGAGAUGUCGGAAAUGAGGGAUCGUCUUAAGGAAUUGGAGAAAUUAGUAGAUACAAAAAACGAUUUAAUUUAUCAGCAAAACAUGACAUUAGAAUUGAUGAGGGAAAUAACUCCGUCAAAAAACGAUAUAAUUCGAUAA